GUCCCAGUUAUGUAUCAUAACGCCAUCUGUUUGAUCAGCCUAGGGUGUUUUUUCUCUCUCUGUUUGUACUAAGCAAGUGAAUCAGUUAAGUCUGAAGUUCACAGUGAAGCAGCCGGUGCGCUUCUUUCAGAGCAUUAGCUGCGGCCAGCUUCAUCCAAACAAAAUGGGUGUCCUUUUUGGAUUAUACAUCUUGGGGAUUAUAUUCACAGCCAUUCUUUUACUCCUUUUAGCAUCUACUACAUAUCAUCCACUUAAAAAUUAUAUAGGAAAAUGGAACGAAAUGAGACCAAUUCCAGGAAUGCCGGGCGCUUAUCCAAUCAUUGGCAAUGCACUGCAGUUUAAAACCAAUGCAGGCGAUUUUUUCAACCAGAUUAUUGAGGGCACAAAUGAAAACAGACACCUUCCUCUAGCAAAGGUGUGGGUGGGUCCAGUCCCCUUUCUGAUCUUGUAUCACGCAGAGAAUAUUGAGGUGGUCCUCAGUAAUUCUAGACACCUAGACAAGUCAUUCGCAUACAGGUUCCUGCACCCCUGGCUCGGCACAGGCCUGCUCACCAGCACAGGGGAGAAGUGGCGUAACCGGCGGAAAAUGCUGACUCCAACCUUCCACUUCUCCAUCCUCUCUGACUUCCUAGAGAUGAUGAAUGAACAAACCGAUAUUUUGAUUCAAAUGAUGCAGAAGCACAUAGACGGAGAGCCAUUCAACUGCUUUAGCUACAUAACAUUAUGUGCUUUGGACAUCAUAUGUGAAACUGCAAUGGGAAAGAAGAUCUAUGCUCAGAGCAAUUCUGACUCUGAAUAUGUGCAAAGUGUCUAUAAAAUGAGUGACAUCAUCACCAAGAGACAGAGAGCACCAUGGCUGUGGCCAGAUUGGAUCUACAACAUGUUAGAGGAAGGCAAAGAACAUUCCAGAAGACUGAGAAUUCUUCACUCCUUCACUGCAAGUGUCAUCAAGGAAAGAUCGAAGUCCAUGAGCUCUGAACCUGAUAGUGAUUCUGACCAGGGGCCGAGGAAAAGACAGGCCUUCCUAGAUAUGCUGUUAAAAACUACUUAUGAGGAUGGAGAGAAUUUGAGUCAUGAGGACAUUCAGGAGGAAGUGGACACCUUCAUGUUUGAGGGUCAUGAUACCACUGCAGCUUCAGUGAACUGGGCUUUACAUCUGAUUGGCUCCCAUCCUGAGGUCCUGAAGGCAGUGCAGGCAGAACUACAGGAAGUGUUCGGUUCGUCAGACCGCCACGUGGGGGUUGAGGACCUGAAAAAGCUGCGCUACCUGGAGUGUGUCAUCAAGGAGAGUCUGCGGAUCUUCCCCUCCGUGCCUCUGUUUGCACGCAGCAUCUGCGAAAGCUGUCAGAUCAAUGGGUUUAAAGUCCCAAAAGGAGUGAAUGCUGUUAUCAUACCAUAUGCUCUUCACCGGGACCCGCGCUACUUCCCAGAACCUGAGGAAUUUCGACCGGAAAGGUUUCUGCCAGAGAACAGCAAAGGGAGGCAUCCAUAUGCGUACAUCCCUUUUUCUGCAGGGCCAAGAAACUGCAUCGGCCAGCGCUUCGCCAUGAUGGAGGAGAAGGUAGUUCUUGCUACGAUCUUGCGUCACUUUGACAUAGAGGCGUGUCAGAGCCGUGAGGAACUGCGGCCUCUGGGGGAACUCGUUCUGCGUCCUGAAAAAGGCAUUUGGAUUAAACUACAAAGAAGAACCAAAUAACUCUCACCACCAUUAAAACUUAAGGUAGCUUUAGUACUCACAUCACUGACAUGCUAGAGUUGUUGUGCUGCUAGUUAUGAGCCGAUUCACAUACAACUUGCUAACUUCUUUUGCAUUGUCUGUUCUGAUUUUAUGGGGAAAUGCGUGGAAUGAUGGUAAAAGGAGAGCUGAGCGUAUCAGGUUCUUAUCGGUAGCUGAAGGCGUAAUCAAAUUAGUCAAAAUAUCAUAUAAACAAACACCCAAGUGGAGGCAGAAGUUUGUGAAUGACAGGUGGUCAGAUUCUGCAGAAUUUUCAUAAGAGUUCUGAUUCCAUGUGGACCUAGUUAUAAGUUAGAAAUAAUGUACACCCAGCUGCUCAAUGGCACAAAAUAAGCCAAAAUAGGGUGAUCAGUUUAUUGAUGACCCCAACACAGCUACUUACCGUAUAAAUGUACAUAAUAUAUAUUUCGGUUGAAAUAAUUUUAUCAUGUGAGAGGAAAGAGACAGUAGAGUAUUUUACAUUAAACUAGCACAGUAAGUGUGACAAUUGAAAAUUGUAGAGUUUAGUGGUCAUUCGAUUCAUAUAUUUAACCACAGAACAUCAUAAUAUACUGAUCAGAAUCAAGUCUGUAAAUCAACUCAAUGUGAGGCAAAACUAUUUUAGCACUUUCACACUAUUGUUUUUACUUUAUG